AUGCCGGCGCUAUUGGAAAAGAUCGCGACGCUCGAACUUGAGAUUGCAAGGACCCAGAAGAACAAAGCUACAGCGAAACACUUGGGAGACCUGAAGGCCAAACUUUGCGCUGCCAGAAGGGAGCUUAUCAGUCCAGAGAAAGGAGGAGGUGGUGGCAAAGCCAAGGGCUUCGAGGUGCAGAGAUUCGGGGAUUCGCGCUGUGCACUCAUCGGGUUUCCUUCAGUCGGGAAAUCGUCCCUUCUGACCGCAUUGACUGGAGUGCAGUCCGAGGCAGCUGCCUACGAGUUCACCACCUUGACCUGCAUCCCAGGUGUCAUCAACUACAAUGAUUGCAAGAUUCAGCUUCUUGACCUGCCUGGCAUCAUCACAGGCGCUGCGCAGGGCAAAGGCCGGAAGCUUUCUGCAACUUCGCGCAGUUUCGCCCCUGAUAUUUGA